AUGCUUAGCGGAAAGCUCACAAAGAGUCUACCAAUACAGAGGCUUUCGAUUUCACCUCUUAUUGCGAGACUGUUCACCUCUCUGCUGCGUGCCUUGAACGUCUUUGACGAGCUUAAACAGACUUCUGGAAAACUGGACUCAGCUACGAAGAAAAAUGCCAGUACGGUUUUUGAUAUUGACGACUUGAUUGCCAACUCCCCAGAUUUGCAGAAAUCCGAGCAGAGCUUUGGAAAUUAUGACAGCUAUGCAUUCGGCAACACCGCCAAACAUCCUAGAAAUGUCGCCAAGGAGCUUAACAUAACAGGUACCCAAGCCGGAAGAACUGCUGAGGUGAGAUUCGGCAACGUAACACAGGCUUUGAGACAGCUCUCCAGAAACCUCCGUCAAGAAGAACUUAUCAGCAGAAAAAAUCAGCAGAAGAGACACCUCAGACCUGCUCUUCUCCAUGCUGAGAAGCACAGAAAGUGGUGGAGAAAGAACUUUGGCGCAAGAUUCACUCAUCUUUUGCAAGAGGUUCUGGAGGCCAAGAGAAGAGGAUAUUAG